UAAAAUGGCAUUCUUUAGUCGCAUUUUUAAUGGAUCUUCAACGAUUAUUCAGUCACAAUUUAAUUCAAUACGAUUGAAUUCAACUCUCACAAGUCCAAAGCUUUUUGUCAGUGGGCUUUCAAGAUACACUAGUGAUGAAAACCUUAAAAAAGCAUUCGAACCAUUUGGAAGUCUUACUGAAGCAAAAGUAAUUACUGAUAGAGCAACUGGGAGAUCAAAGGGGUUCGGAUUUGUUUCUUAUGCAACAAUAGAAGAAGCAGAGAAAGCUCGCGAAGGAAUGAAUGCUAAGUUCUUGGAUGGCUGGGUAAUUUUUGUUGACCCUGCGAAGCCAAGUAUGCCUAGACCUCCACCGCCACCUCCACAAGAUCCAAUGAACUUUGGGAUUACAACAAAUAAGACCAUUGGUUGGACUGGCAGAUGAUGAUCAAAGACUCUCUAAUAUCGUAGUGAAAUAUUCGAUUGCAAAUUGCAAUAUCACAUAGAAUGGCCAAUGACCACAGAUUCGAGUGAAAUAUUUGAUUGCAAUAUAGCAUUUUUAUUGAAGGAUAUUGUACUGUACUUAAAUAUAGUUGUUCACUUUUUAAGGAUAUAUUGUCUGAGGUGGAGCUCUUUCUCUGCCGAGUAUUUAAGGAUUCUGGAUCCUUUGCUUAUUUAGCAGGGUAUUUUUGACUGUAAGAAACACUUAAUUGUUCAAUAACGAUUUCCCCCCUA